AUGCCGCGUUACCUCACCAUCAAAAAGAUCGACGGCAAACCCGGCCAGGUCUACUACCCCCUGCAACUCAACACCCUCCCUUCACACCCCACACCCGGCCCAAACCAACUCCUCCUUCGGGUCCACGCCGCUGCCCUUAACCACCGCGACCUCUUCAUCCGCCAGCACCUCUACCCCGGCAUCUCCUUUUCCAGUCCUCUCCUCUCCGACGGCGUGGCAACCGUCGUCGCCCUCGGCCCCGGCUGCUCCCCUGCUACCCAAUCCCUGCUCAACACCCGCGUGCUCAUCCUCCCUUGUAGAGGAUGGGAAAAGGAUGAGGCGGCCCCGGAGGGGGAGUUUGUGAUUCAUGGGGCGUCGAGGGGGAGUGACGUUGGGACGGGGGCUGAGUAUGUGGUAGUGAAUGAGGGAGAGGUGGCGCCGUGCCCUGGGCACCUCAGUGAUGCUGAGGCGGCGGCGUUACCUUUAGUAGGGUUGACGGGGUGGAGGGCUUUAGUUACAAAAGGCGGGUUGGGAGGUGUUGAGGGGGCAAAGGGGAAGAAUGUGCUUGUGACGGGGAUUGGGGGCGGGGUUGCGCUGCAGGUAUUGGGGUUUGCGGUUGCCAUGGGGGCGAAUGUUUGGGUGACGAGUGGGGAGGAGGGGAAGAUACAGAGGGCGGUUGAGCUGGGCGCCAAAGGGGGGGUUAACUAUAAGGAGAAGGACUGGGAUAAGAAGCUCAAGGGGAUGCUGCCUAAGGACAGGCCGUAUCUGGAUGUGGUGGUUGAUGGGGCCGGGGGAGAUGUGGUAGCCAGGAGUGUGAAGUUACUCAAGCAAGGCGGUGUGAUUGCGUGCUAUGGGAUGACGGUUGGACCGAAGAUGGACUGGCUGAUGCAAGCGACGCUGAGGCAUAUUGAGUUGAGGGGGUGCACGAUGGGGAGUAGGAGGGAGUUCGAGGAGAUGGUGAAGUUUGUCAGGGAGAAGAAGAUCAGGCCGGUUGUAAGUAGGGUUGUGAAGGGAUUAGAUAAUUUGGAGGGGAUUGAGAGUUUGUUUGAGGACAUGAAGGCGGGUAGGCAAUUUGGGAAGUUGGUCAUUCUGAUUGAGGGGGAGGAUAAGACUGCGAAGUUGUAG